CCCCCUUCCUGCUUCCCUGGAGUAAUCCACUGUCAGUGCAAAUCUUCAGGUUUUUUGUGUCUGUGUUUGAGAGGCUUUUAAUGUGAAACUGAAGAUCUCAGGCCUUUAAUUUACAUGAAGAUACAGUUAUUAAUUUUGAAUAGCGUUUAUUAAAAAGUGAUAUGAUUUCUAGGUGGAUCUGUGACCUUGCACCUUAGUCUUUCUCAGGGUGCCUAAAAUCACCAGGCCACAUUAUCUUGUUUUGUUUUUCUACCUGAAUAGGCAUGGAAAUUCAGCAUUACUGCUGUUAUCCUUAUGCAUGUUUCCAGCGAUUGAGGACUUCAUCUUGCAGUUUGAAUUGUCAGAUGGAUUAGUGUUUGAAACAGGAAUUUGCACACUGACCACAGAAUGGAUCCACCAAGCAGCUCUGAAAGAUAUGAACAAGAACUGUCAGCUGUGUUGCAGGGAAGGAGAUGGUGACACAGAUAUGGCCUUCAAGAAAUCUCACCUACUACUUGUGCUACUUCUCACAAGUAGCAAACUACUGCACUGAAUUGAAUUCCUAGCAAAGAGGCGUCUAGAGUCCAUGCAGUGCUGCUGUACGAGAUCCACAGUGGAAACCAUUCAAGAGAAAUUAGAGCUUAAAAGAGAGGGAAGCAGGAAUGAACUUACCCUGUGAGAUCUGCAAACAUGUCUGGAAAACCCGUUUGUGUUGCUGAUUAUGAAGAGUAUGCUAAAAAAGUUCUUCCAAAAUCAGUGUAUGAUUACUACCGAUCAGGAGCAGAUGACCAAGAAACAUUAGCAGAUAAUGUAGCAGCAUUUUCAAGAUGGAAGCUGUACCCCCGGAUGCUCAGGGACGUGUCUGUAAUGGACCUGUCAACCUCUGUCUUAGGGCAGAAAAUCAGCAUGCCGGUCUGUGUUGGAGCAACUGCUAUGCAGCGCAUGGCUCACGUUGAGGGAGAGACAGCUACUGCUAAAGCUUGCCAGGCAAUGGGGACAGGCAUGAUGCUGAGCUCCUGGGCCACCUCCUCCAUUGAAGAGGUUGCUGAGGCAGCUCCCGCUGGCCUUCGCUGGCUGCAGCUUUACAUAUACAAGGACCGAGAGGUUACCAAAUCCCUUGUGAAGCGUGCGGAGAGAGCAGGCUACAAAGGGAUCUUCCUGACAGUGGACACACCAUUCCUUGGCAGGCGUAUUGACGACGUGCGCAACAGGUUCCAGCUUCCUCCACACCUCAGAUUAAAAAACUUUUCAAGUGAUGAUUUGGCCUUCUCCUCUGGGAAAGACUUUGGAGAAAAUAGCGGACUGGCUGCAUAUGUAGCUGCGGCGAUUGAUGCAAGCGUCAAGUGGGAGGAUGUUAAAUGGCUUCGAGGUCUGACUUCACUGCCCAUUGUUGCAAAAGGAAUCCUCAGAGCUGAUGAUGCUAAAGAAGCUGUGAAGAAUGGGGUAAAUGGGAUCCUGGUGUCAAAUCAUGGAGCACGACAGCUGGAUGGGGUCCCUGCAACUAUUGAUGUCUUGCCUGAAAUUGUUGAGGCUGUAGAGGGGAAGGUGGAGGUGUUCCUAGACGGUGGGGUAAGAAAAGGCACGGAUGUUCUCAAAGCAUUAGCUCUUGGAGCCAAAGCAGUAUUCGUCGGAAGGCCUCUCAUCUGGGGCUUGGUUUAUCAAGGGAAAGAAGGAGCAAAGGAAGUUCUCCAGAUGCUGAAGGAAGAGUUUCGCCUGGCAAUGGCACUGAUGGGAUGCCGGAGUGUAGAAGAAAUUGACAGGGCACUGAUACGAAGAGAUCGAGUGUUGGUUUCCAAGAUCUAGGACUGAAGACUGUCACCUAAGCUGUUGCCUCUUGUAUAGAAAGUGUGUCACUGGACAAAAAGCAACUGUUCACUCUUCACUCUUUGGGCUUCAUCCUGCAAUCCUUACUGAGAAGGGCUGGCCUGUCACUCUAUAUGAGAUUAUUUGUUCAAGCAGUACUUGAAGCACAUUUUUACAUGUGUUCCCAUAUACUCCUAGGCUCUUCUGGAAAGCUGCCCUGUACUGGCAGUUAUGAUUAGAGAGAUGGGCCCUUAUACUAGACCAGUACAGAAACUCAAAGGUGUUUUCUAACUAAUCAUGUGUGUAUGAAUGUUAAUAUUAACUUGCAUGCCUUGAAGUAACUUUGCUGUUAAAAUGAAACUAUGAACAGAAAUGUUUUGCUGGCAAACAACUAUCAAAACGCAGAGCUUUAAAAUGCAAGGGAUACUUCUUGUUCACUGUUUAGAGAAACUACACUUUAGAUCAUAGAGAUUAAAUAUUGCUUUCCUGUGACCCUAGUAUCAUUUCCCUACUGACUGUAUACUCUUCCUUUAUACAGUGUAGUCUUGUAGCUGAGUAAGGAGCUCAGAGGACUUUUAGUUAUAAAGAACUGAACAACAAAGCAAAAUUGGGGAAGUUCUGUUGUUUAAGUGACACAGCCCCUUGUAAUCAAACGACCAUUACAUACGUGUACCAGAUACAGGUCAGAUCCUUGGCUGGUGCAAAUCCUUGUAGCCUGAUUACCUUCAGCAAACCAGGCUGACUGCACUCAGCUGCAGUCCUGAGUCCCAUUUUUCACUCAUUUUUUUGAACUCAUUUGUUGACAGUGUUUCAGAUUAUUUCUUGGAUAAGUCUGUGGUGUAACAAUGGGCACUUACUGCAUCUCUAUCCUUGUCCUGAAUUUAUAGGCAGAGGUUGGCUAUAGAUCCCCACACUUCAAAGGAGGGAAGUGUGUUUCUUGCUACCUGCUUUCUAUGGAUAGAGAAAUUCAGGUCCAAAAGGUCACAAGUGAUGCGUUACGAAUGUAAGUAUAAGGGAGUCUGUGCCAUUCCCGCCCUCUGCCUCCCUUUUUCUGAUGUACAAAGAAAGCUUAAAAUGCCUAGUUUCUCCUUGAGAUUUGUUUUUAUUUUUGGAAUACUAGAAAUGAUAAAAGAUGCAUGUUGGCAAUACCUCUGACUGAUUAGAAGCUGGUUCUGCUAUAACGCCCACACUGACUCUGUGAAGUGCCUCAAACACUGUUAUGGGUCUAUAAGUAAAUCCCCAGAGGCACCAGGCCCUUUUUGGGCCUUUGCUAGUGUGCAUCCCGAAUCUCACAGGCCAGAGCUUCUUCUGAGAGCAAAGCCAGCAGUAUCUGGCUAACUGGUGGCUUGAAUCUCUGAAAUGAGGGAGUCUUUCUAUGGACCAUGGGACUUAACAGAGCCUCAUAUGAUUAACCCAUUCUCACACAGAAAGCACCAUAUUCAUGAGGAGACACUAUGAAGCAAGCGGUAGUGCAGUUUUGCAGUACUUCAGUUGCCUCGUAGUAACUGCCUGCAUGUUUUCUUAGUGAUAUUUUAUUUCAGGGGUAACAGCACUUUUAUUUUGGGCCAGACAUGGCAGAGCAGCUGAUGAACUGUAAGUUUAUGCCUAUCACCCUUUUGUUUUUUGUAGCCACAGGCUCAAGGAGAUUGUCCGGUCUUUCAGAACCGCAGCCAGCUCUCCGUAUCUGUGGUGAUGAGAGGCUAAAUAAACUUCAGGAGGGGAAAAACCUAGAUAACAGAAGGACCAUCAGGUGCUGUGGGGUGUGAAGUGCAGAGACACCGUAAUGGCUCGAGCAUCAGCGCAGCCCCAGCAAGGCCCACAGGCAUCAUAUCCUUAGCCAGGGCCAGCAAGUCCUGUUGGACACGUGGAGCUACUUACAGAGCAAAGAGAGUGCUCUUGACUCCAGAAAUACAGUGCAACGGUGCUCGAGCAGUUUCUGUAUACAACUCACCUGAGCCUGGCAGGGAUAUUUAGACAGAGUGCAGAAGCAUGUGAGUGCAACUUCAGUUUUUCCAGACCAGGACUGGUGGCAGAAGCAGUAACUGUGUAUGAGCAGUGUUGUGCCUAAGGCCUGCCAGACCCUGUGACUUUGCAGGGACUUGCCAAGCAGCUAUGGCACAGUACAUGUGCAUCUGGAUUACCUGCUCCAGGGGCAACUGAAGGCUGACUCUGCGGGAGAGUUUGUAGGAUCUGCAGCCAUGGACAAAAGAGAAACUUGAAUAAUUGAGGUAUUAACCCAUGACUUGGGAAGGCAGUACUAAAAACAUCCUAGUAGCUCCAUGCAGUUUUCCAGAACACCCUUUAGACAGACAAAGCCUAGUAUUAAUCACACUGUUUAUGAUGAGGAUACGGAGAUAUACAGGAUUUGCUCCUCUCCUCUGAACAAUCCAAACGCCCAUUGAAGCCAGGAGAACUUUUGCAACUCUAAAGAAUAUGGGAAUAGCUUUAUACUGCUAAGUGACCUGUCCCAGAGUGAGCAGGCAGAGGAGGUAAGACUUUACUAAUUUAAUCCUGGGUAAAACUAAGGGGGGCUCUUCAUCAUCUCACUUCCACUGCGGUUAUAGUAAUGUCACUGGGAGCAGGGAGAAGUCACUGCAGAAAUCUUUUGAAAGUUUUGUUCUGGAAAUUCAGUGUUCAUUUUUAAGGAAGACUAAAAAAAAAAAAAAUCUUACUGUUUCACUGUUGUUGGCAUCAUAGGGAGUUUUACUGUUGAUAGAAACUGGGACAGGUUCAAGCCCUCUACCAUUUGUUUCCCAUCAAUGUCAAAAGGACUCAUGCAUCCUGAUUCUCCCUUUCUGCGCUGUUUGAGAUAUCCCUUACUGAGCUUUAGAGGCAGCUUUGUAAUAAAAUGAUGGAAUAUUACAAUGUGAACUAAAGCUGGGGCUGGAACUCAAAACGGGGAGAAAACCCAAAAGGCCAAAUGCUUGCCCUUCGGUUGUAAAAUUUGUACUCUUAUUUACUGCAGAAUGUAGUGUGUUGUGUGAGGGUUGCAUAGCAACAAAAUAAAGUUUAUCUGUGUAAGGAAA